AAUUGUUUGAGUCAGUUACUCUAAAUACAAGUAUUAGUUUUAUUUUACUAUGGUGGGUGAGUUGUAAAUUACACUGAAUACUACAUUUUUGUACAUUUUCUGCUGGCAUCUUUUCUACGUGUAUCCUUCAUUGCAUAACUUGUGGUGUAUCCAAGAAUAGUACAGGUCACGUUCAAAAGAAUUUUCUAAGUACAAACAAGAUCCGAGUUAUAUACUGAGUCUCUAAUACAAUUUAAUUCCAAAAUGCAAUUAAAUUUCAUAAAUAUUGUGUUUAGUUUUGCUGCAAUAUUUACUGGUAUUUUUGGCUUACUGGUUAAUUUUGUGGAACCUUAUUUACCUGUUUCAAUAACACGUACAUAUCGUUAUGGCAAGUAUUCUGAUAAUACUUACCAGCCAAUUGUAGCGAAAGCAGAAGUACCUAAAAGAUGGUUCAAACAUUUCUAUGUUCUUGCUGCACCAGCUUCAAGUUACAUAUUAUAUUUGGUAAUUGAUAAAUAUAUGUGGAAUGGUAACGUACCAAAGAGUGUUAUGUGGGUAUUGAAUAUGGGUUUAGGAACAAAUAGGCAAUCAUUAGUAUCUGCAGAAAAUACAUUUAUAGCUAUUUUGGUUUUCACUCCUCAUUGUUGGAAACGAUUUUAUGAAACACAUUAUGUAAAUAUUUUUAGUGAUAAAAUGAUGAAUAUAUCUCAUUAUUUAAUUGGACUUUAUCAUUAUGUGGGAACUUUAAUGUGCGUUAUAGGUGAAUCUGAAGGAUUUAUUGAAGGUUCUGAAAGCCAUCUUUCCUGGAGAAGAGUUACUUAUUCUAAACUAAUUUGUGCACUGGUUAUUGUGUUAGCAUCGUAUACUCAACUUAGAGCUAAUUAUAUUCUUAGCAAUUUGCGAAAAGAUAAAAAUGGUAAAGUCACUUCUACGGAGCAUAAAAUACCAUAUGGUGGUCUUUUCGAGUAUGUGUCAGGUGCAUUACAGAUUACAGAGAUAACUAUUUAUGUAUGCAUGUCAAUAAUUUUAUGGCAAAGCUCUUCAUUUCAUUGUGUCACAAUAUGGGUCUUAGUAAAUCAGAUAUCUACCGCAGCAUUAACGCAUAAGUGGUACUUGAAAACAUUUAAAAAUUAUCCAAAAUCAAGGAAAAUUUUACUACCUUAUCUCUUCUGAAUAUAAUUAUAAUUAUUUAAAAUAUUUAUUAAAUGGUUAUAUCGUUUGUAACGUUAAAAGUGUUUGUAUUUCAGGAAUGUAUACAUAAACAAUAUUAAAGAAUAAUGACCUUAAAUAUUCAUUUAUUUUACAGUACAUAUAAAUAAAUGUAAAUUGUGAUUAUGAUGUAACAAUUAACAAAUACGAGAACUUAAAU